AUGUCGGAUUUCAACCUUACUUUUCUCAAGUGUCACACAUGUAACCCAAAGGCUGUCGAGAGCACUUUACAGAGUUGGACAGGAAGCUCCCUAGAGCUUAUGAGUGCCUCACCAGGUGAUCCCAGCCGACACCGCCCUCCGCCUGCCCACUCGCGGCACCGCCCCUCGGGCUCUCAGGCGCGGGAGGAGCCUCGCAUUGCGCCGGGCGGCGCCUGUCCGGGACCCGCAGGCGGCCGCGGGCGAUGGAGAGCAGAGAGGCCCCGGUCCCGUGCGCCCGCCCGCGGCCCCGUCACUCGGGCCGGCAUGUGGGCGCUGGGAGGCUCCGACGAAGCGCACAACAACCAGUCAAGAGCUACGGUGGACUCCAGCUCCGUGUCCGUGGCCUUCCCCAUCACCAUGAUGGUCACUGGCUUCGUGGGAAACGCGCUGGCCAUGCUGCUUGUGUCGCGCAGCUACCGGCGUCGCGAAAGCAAGCGCAAGAAGUCUUUCCUGCUGUGCAUUGGCUGGCUGGCGCUCACAGACUUGGUGGGGCAGCUCUUGACCAGCCCGGUGGUCAUCCUCGUGUACCUGUCGCAGCGAAGCUGGGAGCAGCUGGACCCAUCGGGGAGCCUGUGCACCUUCUUCGGGCUGGCCAUGACGGUGUUCGGGCUGUCCUCGCUCCUGGUUGCCAGCGCCAUGGCCGUGGAGCGCGCGCUGGCCAUCCGCGCCCCUCACUGGUACGCCAGCCACAUGAAGACUCGUGCCACGCGCGCUGUACUGCUGGGAGUGUGGCUGGCGGUGCUCGCCUUCGCGCUGCUGCCGGUGCUGGGCGUGGGCCGCUACAGCGUGCAGUGGCCAGGCACGUGGUGCUUCAUCAGCACUGGGCCGGCGGGCAAUGAGACGGACCCUGCGCUGGAGCCUGGCAGCGUGGCCUUUGCCUCCGCCUUCGCCUGCCUGGGGUUACUGGCUCUGGUGGUAACUUUUGCCUGCAAUCUGGCGACCAUCAAAGCUCUGGUGUCCCGCUGCCGGGCCAAGGCCGCCUCUUCGCAGUCCAGCGCACAGUGGGGCCGGAUCACCACUGAGACGGCCAUCCAGCUCAUGGGGAUCAUGUGUGUGCUGUCCGCCUGCUGGUCGCCCCUAUUGAUAAUGAUGUUGAAAAUGAUCUUCAACCAGACGUCAGUCGAGCAAUGCAAGACACAGACCGGAAAGGAGAAGGAAUGCAACUCCUUCCUGAUUGCAGUUCGCCUGGCAUCGCUGAACCAGAUCUUGGACCCCUGGGUUUAUCUGCUGCUAAGAAAGAUCCUUCUGCAGAAGUUCUGCCAGGUAGCAAACGCUGUCUCAAGCUGCUCUAGCAAUGGACAGAAAGGGCAGCCCAUCUCAUUAACUAAUGAAGUAGUGCAGCCAUGAGAGAGAACAUAGCUAGCGAGCACACGCACGCGUGCACACACACACACACACACACACACACACACGCACACACAGCUUUUUGCAGCCAAUGUCCCUAACCCUUACGGAUCGAGGCAUCUCUGGCAUGUCGCUGUUUAUGUGCUGGGAUGGAAUUUUUGAUAUAAAGCUGGAUGGCUUGAGAAGCAUAGAUAAUCCCCUCUGUGCCAAAAUCCUGAAAUACAAACAAAGGGAAAUUCUGUUAGUCAUAGUCUGGUGUUUUGGGUCUCAGCCAGCUGUAGCUGAAUUUGGGGUUACUUGUGAUGAAACACUUAUGAUAAACGACCCAAAGAUGCCUGGGGUAAGGAUGGUUGCUGUUCCAGCACAUUGUGUGUGGGAAGAUUGGCGCGUAACCCCUUGGGCAGGGGACCAGGCCACAGCGAAGUAUUUUGUCCAAGGAUGUUGGGUGUGUUCUCUUUCAUCAUUGUCUCUGUUACUUUUCUUCUGACAUAUUUUCUCCCACUCAAAAUUUAAAGAACCUAAUUGGUUGUUUUUUUUAAUGUAUAAUGUAUCCACAUAUUUAUUGUCUUGUUACUGUUCAAAUAUUGUUCAAUAGAUUAUUACUCAUAACCUUACAAAACUUAACUUUGGUUGGGUUGGUAUAGAAGUUUAUUCCUUAAUCCAAUAAGUUCCAAUUACUCUUGUUUCCAAUAAGACCAUUUGCAUCUACCCACUGUUGUGGAAUGUUCUUCCCUUUGAACGCAUUUUGCACUCUUAGAAGCCUGGAGGAGAGUCAUAAGCGACCUAGGAGACUCGUGACCCAGUGUUUCAGAAUGCUACCUGAAGACUGGAUCGAGAACUUUGGGCCAGUCCUGUUCCCACCAGUGUUUGCCUUCCUUAUUAGACAGGAAUAUUAAUUCUGACUCCCCAGCCUUUGCCUUGUCUCAGGUUAGC